GAUGUGAACAGUGAGAUUUAAAGGGAUCGAUUUGUCAACAAGUCGAUGAAAGUGCGCGCAUCCAACUCUCUCGAUCGAAAUUAUAUUUUAUUUAUUCGUUUUUGUAGACUUCGUAUAUUUUAUUUAUCAUAAUAGAACGUAGAUUUUUUUGAUUUUACUAGUACUUCGAGCGAUAAGAGUAUUUUGUUCCCAGAAAAUAUCAAUACCAAUUAGUCAUUCUUUUGGUAUUUUCACAAAACAAAACGAGAGUGAAUCUAAUUAUUCUGACGUUAUAAAAAUAUUUCGCAUAUUUCGAAUAUUGAUUUUUUGUUAUUAAUGUGACAAAAAUGUUACUUUGAAAAAUACAAUCAGCUUUGGUGGAAGUUACAAUAUUUCAUUAAGCUCUACAAUGGCAGUUAGGUAGUCUUAAUUGUUUGCUCAGGACUUUUGUCAACUUUGAGCAUAUUUUUGUCAAGCUGAAAAUGUAAAGAAAACAGUCACAAUGAAAACACAAAAAAAGGCGAUGGUUGCCAGGAAGGCAACCAAAGUGCCAACAAUUGCUAAAAAACGUCGCGCAUUUUUAGAGAAAGCAGUAUCCGAUGUGAGGAAAGAGAAAAAGCCUAAGAAGCCUGAAAUGAUAGAUGAUACAAAAAGAAAGAUGGAGAACGAUAAGAAAAAAUCUGAGAAGGCUGAGGAGAAGAAGAAGAUAGAAGAUAAGAAGAAAAUUGAAGAGAAACGGAAAGAGAAGUCAGAAAAAAUGGACGAGAAAAAGAAGUGUGUUAAAGAUCCAGAAAGGAAGUUUGACAAAGUGGAAGAGAGGAAAUUAGACAAAGCGGAUGAAAAAGUCAUUGACGAAUGUACUCAUGAAAUAACAGAGAAGAAGAAAGUACAAAAAAUAGAGGAGAAAACAAAAGUGGAGAAGCAGAUAAUAGAAAAUAAGAAAAAGGUGGAAAAAGUGGAAGAUAAGAAAAAAAGUGGAAAACUCGAAGAUGAGAAUAUGGAGGAUCAAACGAAACUCCAAAGUAUUCCAGAGGAGAAUAAUUUUCAUGAGGAAAAGUUGGAUAUUCUUUGUUCCAUUCCUAAGAAGAAAUGCAAAGAUGACAAAAAGAAGGAUGGAAAACCAGUUAAGUCAGAUUUCAAGGAAAAUGUAAAGAUUUCUGUGAUAAAAGAUAAAAAGUCGGAACGUAAGAAGCUCCUUGAAAAGGGUACAAUAAAUAGUAAAGGUUCGCUAACAAGAACAAAAAAGAGUAGUAAAACAAAAUCGCUGCAAAAAAAGGGCAUUUCUAGAAAAACCAUCUUAACGAAAAAGUCACAUAUAUCUGUAGUUCAAAAAUUCGUGGAUAAAAAAAUGAAAUUAAACAAAAUAGUGAAAGAUGAAGAAACAUCAGUCAGUGAAGAUGAAGCAAUGAAAAAGACAAAAAAGAAAAGUGUUAAUAUUUCUAAAAAUAAAACCAUGCAAGAGAAAAAGCCAAAGUUAAGAAAACAUAUGAAAGCUAAGUUGUCUUCAAAAAAUAGUAAAAUAAGCAGUGCAUUAAAGAAAGAUGACAAGCUUAAAACAUUGGUAGAGAAAGUUAUACCUAAAAAGAAAAUGGAUGUAAAAGAAACAGAAAAACCACUAUAUGAACAGAAAAAGAUUAUAAGUAAAGAUGACUUGAACGAGGAAGCUGAAAUGAAUGAUAUAAAAAGUGAAGCAGAAGAAAUUAAGGAUCUAGAUAAAAGUAAUAAAGAAGAACUAUUACAGUCAAAAUCACCAGAUAUUAAAAAAUCUGUGAAAAGUAAUUCAAAAAUUGCUAAAAAGGUAAUAAAAAAGAAAGUUAUAAAAGCACAAGGAGAGAGCACUAAUCAAAUACUUUCUUCUUCCGAAGAAACAUCUUCCGAGGAAUCCAUUAAACAGAUCAAAGUUUGUGAAGAUAGUCCAAGCGAUAGUGUUUCUUCCAAACAAGAACAGAUUGAUAGUGAGAAUGUAACUGACACUAAUCUAAAAGAAGAAGCAAUUAAUAGCGAAAAUUCAAGUGGUAAUGCUUUGUCAUCAGAUUCAGAAAACGAAAGUAGUGAUGAGAUAAAGAGAAACAAACAAAAGGAUAUAAAGAAAAAAGAAAGAGCUAGUUCACCAUCCGAUGAACGCGUUCGACGAAUGAGAUUAUUUGGCUUCUGGAGUGGACCAAAACGACAUAGAGUGGCUUCUUUAAAUGCAUUGGCUAAAGUGCAUUGUUUAUAUGAGAAUGAAACUGGUGGUGUUUAUCUUGGAGGUUUCUGUAAACCAAAACCUGAGAAAGAGAAACAGAAAAAAGCUAAAGAAGAAAAAGAAGAACCUGUUCGUAAGGAAAAAGAAAAGAAAAUAGAAAGUAAAGGAGAAGAAAAUGUUCCAAAAAGGAAACUCAGAAAUGUUCCAGGAUUACGCGGCAAGCAUUGGGACAUGAUAGAGAGUUCUUCGUCGUCAUCCUCUUCCGAUGAUGAUUGUGAACAAGAAAAAAAUAUUGAAUAUACCAAGAAAAAAACAAUUAAACGCAGAAAGAGAAAUGAAGAAGUAAUGGAUUUCAAAGAUAUGGUGGUUUGUAAGAGAAUGGCAAGUCUAAAUGCUGCAGCAAUUUUGGCUGCUUCUUACUCAGAUGAGAAAAAUCGUUGCAGUAGUAGCUCUGAUACUUCUAGUGAUUCAGAGAUGGAAAUGAUUAGAAAACGGAAACAAAAUGAUUCCGAUGUUGAGAAGCGAAAGUCAAGGCAAAACACUGAACAGGAUGAUGUCUUAAAGCCAUCUAAUAAGCUUGUUAUUGUAAAUCAAGAUACAGAUGUUACUAUUACUGGCGUGUAUGUUAAUCAAACUCGAUCUACGCAUCACGAAGGGUUCUGUAGCAUUGCUGGUAUGCAGUAUAGAAUAAGUUCAACCAGUCACACUCAAACUGCAGCUACUGCAGUUGCUACUGAACUACAUGAUCAGCAAAAGUUGGAGCAACCUUGCAAAUCAUAUACUCCAUUAGGAGCAUUAUCAUCAAUGCAACCACCAGGUAGUCAAGGCAAUCAUCCAAACAUGUCACCUAGGAGACAUUCAGCAUUCUCAGCUCCACACCAACAUGGGUAUUAUCAGCCAGCUGGACCACUGAUACAGCAUCCACCAACAUUACCACCAAUAAAAGGACCACCUCCAGAACCAACUCCUACACCUCCUCAAAAUUCUGAAGGAUCAGAUGAUUUAGUAGCAACUUCAACAACUUCUGGAGGGACAAGUAGCACAGGAGGUGGAUUUUAUAGGGCAUAUUGUCCUCAAUACUAUGGUACACCACCGCAGUAUGCAGAUUUGUGUUAUCCUUCAGCCUACACUCAUCCACAUGCUCAUCCACCGCCUUACUACAAAUAUGCACCAACUUACAGAAGGUAUAUUUUCAGGCAGUAUUAUGGAUAUCAGGAAUCCAGCGGAGGUGGUGGCCCCGGAAGUGGUGCUACCGCAGGUGGGCCAGCAGUUGUUGACUACCAACCACCUCCACCGCCACCUGGUGAAUAUCCUCUGCCCCCGUAUUAUGGAGGAUAUCCGCCACCUCCUCCACCGCCUCCACCUCCACCUAAUCCAGCGUACUUGCAUUCGCAAGGAAGACCUUUUGUAGAUCAUGCAGCCUUUCAGGGUUGCCCAUGCCCGAUGCAAUCUUGUCCAAAAAACGUGGAUACUGGGCCCCUUAUUGGUAAUGGUAAGGGAGCGCCAGUGGUAUCGGGGACCGGUCUGUCAUUGCCGCCCAGUGCUUUGGUAGGUCCGCCCUCGCCGGCGAGGGGGCUAGCCGGGCUAGCGCCUCCUCAUGGUGCCAAUGCCUGGGAUACGGAUCGCGUCCAACUUAACACUCAUCGCAACCUGAAUCAGAACCAACCGUCGGUCCCUCCGUCUCAUAAUCUAGUCGGUGGACAUAAUCGCCCUCAGGACUCGGACUGUAAAGAUAAGGGUGAAGAGAAUUCUAUGGAGGACAAGUUGCAAAAGUGUGGAUGUCAGAAACGUGCCUGUACAUCAACCUGCGAAGUUAAAAUGGAAACCCUCUCUCCUACUGAGAAACUAACAGUGACAACUUGUCCAAGUAACAAGUUUCACACAUUUAAAUUAGAAAAUAACAAUGUGAAGUGCGAAUCUUGUAGCGUAGAAAUGGGCGAUAACUUAACCUGUGUCGCAAAUUGUAAUGUUAAGUGUGAAUCAGAUUACAAGUGUGAUAUAAUGAAAUGCGAACAAUGUAUGAAGGAAGGUCAAAUGGCUAUUCUAGAAAUUGACAAGGAUUCCGGUAUAUUAUUAGAUGAUAAAUUGGAUACAGAUACUGACGUUAAAGAGGAGUUAAACGAUGUUGUUGUGAUUGAGAGUGAAAAUUGGAAAAAACCUGAUUACGAACCAACAGUACAAGAAACUAUCGAAGAAUCUAUAGAAAAAGAAGGCAUAGAAAAAACAGAAGUGGAAGAGGAACAACCGAAGUGUCAAAAAGUAACAAAGAGAAAAUUAUCUUUAGAUAGCUUAUCCGAUAGUAGAAAAAAGAGGAAAAUGAAUAAAAGGACUCUUUCUGUUGGUUCUUCCCAGGAUUUGAAUAGUAGUGAUUUUUCAUCUAAAAUUUCUAUACCAAUUCUAUCUCUGAUUAAAAAGGCUGAUGUGAACGAUGCAUGUAUAUCAAAGAAAAAACAGCCUAAAAAAGAUAAUCAGAAUCAAAAGCGAAAAAUAGAUCAUUCAACUUCUGGUGAAAAUGCAAUGAAAAAGUCAAAGACUUCUAAGCAAAGUACAAGUAACAAUAUCUCAAAUUGUUUUAAACAUGGUAUCAGUGAUAACUCUAUCAUGGAAACCAUUAAUAAUGUUAUACAACAAAGCUUGCAGAUGACACAAAAAAGAGAUCGCAAGAAUAAAAUUACAGAAAAGCCUGAUAAAACAAAGAAAGAAGUGAAUCUGUUAUCUGCAGUGAAAAAGGUAGUUAAAAAAGUUGAUUUAGUUAAAAAUUUAGCAUCGGAGAAAUUAUCAAAAGUAAUUUCAAAAAGCGGUCAUUCUAAAAGUAAAACUGACACACGAACAAAGUCAAAAUCACACGAUAAAAAUAAAUGUAAAGCGAAGAGUAAAUCCAAAGUUCACGAAGUGAAAACAAAGGAUAAUGGUAAAAAGCAUGAGAGUACAACAAAAUCUAAAAUAAAGAAUAUUAAUGAGACUAUUAAAAAACCAGCUUUGAUUAAAAAGAAGCGAAAAAGUACGAAAAAAGUAACUAUAAAAAAAUCAACCACCAAAGUUGAAGAAUAUGUAAUAGGAAAUGAAAAUUUAUUGCUAACUAGAAAAACAUUUUUAAAACCCAAGUGGAGUAAUGGUUGGAGUUGGGAGGGCGAUCCGUUUGAAGCCAAAGUUUAUUUAACGAACGAAGAAUCUGCUAUACGUCGAUGUUACGCGAGUAUGAAACACGAGAGUGGUGACGUUUUAAGACCUCGUGAUUGUGUUUUAUUAAAGAGUGGUCCACGGAAAGCUGAUUUGCCAUUUGUAGCAAAAAUUGCCGCGUUAUGGGAAAACCCGGACGAUGGUGAAAUGAUGUUUUCGUUGUUGUGGUACUAUAGACCAGAGCAUACCGAGCAAGGUAGAACUCAAUACGACACCGAGGACGAGGUAUUCGCUUCUCGACAUCGGGAUGCAAACAGUGUUGCGUGUAUAGAAGAUAAAUGUUAUAUUUUGACAUUCAAUGAAUAUUGUCGGUACCGUAAAAAUUUACGAAGAAUCGAGGAGGGAUUAGAGAGUCCCGGUUUAAUAGUUCCACCGGGAGAUCAACUAUAUCCACGAGAGAAUCGGCAGCCUCCGAUACCAGUGUCCUCGGAUAUGGUUCUGUUCUGUCGACGCGUUUACGAUUAUCGUGGUAAAAAACUUGUUAAGAAUCCUGGAUGACUCGACUUUUUAUAAAACGCUUUGAACAGGAACCAAUGGAAUGCACAAAGUUUGCAGUUUAAAUUGAAACUGGACGUAGGUCUCCCUUCAAGCGUAAUUGCACGUUAUUAACUUAUUUUUAUUUGGAGAAGUCUAUAUUAAUUUUUUGGGUGAAUUUUAAAGCUUUAUAUACAUAUAUACAUAAGUACAGAAACGUUUUAUAGACUUAGGUUUACUUUUGUUAUAAUAACAGAUUAUGGCAGAAUUAUACAAUUUCUUAUAUGUUUAUGCCCUCUACACAGUCUUUUUUCAAAGUAUACAUUAAAACUCAUAUAAAGUUCUAUGCUUAAAGAGAACGUAAAAAGCUCCAGAUUUUUAGAAGAUAUAGUUACAGUGAAUGUUGAAUUUUCAAAUUCGUUAAAGUAUUACAAAAAAAAAGGCAAG